GGCGGGAAUGGGCGGCCUCUGUGGCAAUCGUGGACACGUCGAGCCGGUCACUAGUGGAGGGUGUUAAUGUAGAGUCGUGAGGGGGCGACUGGAAACGGUUCUGUAAAGGAGACGCCGGUGGCGGGACUCGGUCUGGGAAGCUGGAGUUGCGAACACAAAAAGAGAAGCCAUCAACACCCUCCUCAAGUUCCAGCUUCCCACUCCCCACCCCCACUUCGGUUGCGGAAGUUUUUGCUUCUUGGUUUUUGUCCCAGAUGGACUUUUGCAGUAAAGCAGUGAUGUGAUAAAUCUUCUGAUUCUCAACUUUUCCUGGAAAAAUGAGCCAUUCCCACCAUAUGGUGACGAACUCUGUGGACCACACCAGUACCAUGCCACCUUCUCACCAUCACCCGGCCACUUCAGCCUCCCACCUCCACGGAGGGGGAGACGGCAACAUGAUGAUGAUGAUGCCCAUGACCUUCUACUUUGGCUUUAACAAUGUGGAACUAUUGUUUUCUGGCCUGGUGAUCAAUACAGCUGGAGAAAUGGCUGGAGCUUUUGUGGGAGUGUUUUUACUAGCAAUGUUCUAUGAAGGACUCAAGAUAGCCCGAGAGAGCCUGCUACGCAAGUCACAAGUCAGCAUCCGCUACAAUUCCAUGCCUGUUCCAGGACCAAAUGGGACCAUUCUUAUGGAGACACACAAAACUGUUGGGCAGCAGAUGCUGAGCUUUCCUCACCUCCUGCAGACAGUGCUGCAUAUCAUCCAGGUGGUCAUCAGCUACUUCCUCAUGCUCAUCUUCAUGACCUACAAUGGGUACCUCUGCAUUGCUGUAGCAGCAGGGGCCGGCACAGGAUACUUUCUCUUCAGCUGGAAGAAGGCAGUGGUAGUGGACAUCACAGAGCAUUGCCAUUAACGUCAAACUCCAUGGUGCGGCCUUAUCGAUUGCAGUGGGAAGCAGUUCAAGACUGGAAGACAUUAUUCCUACUCGAAUCUUCCCUUCUUGCUCCUUAACUCCUUACACACAUCUUCUCAAUAGAGGUUUAGCUCACAGUCUCUGCGCUAAAGUAGUAACCCCUGACUGUUCUUCUUCCUGCCCUGAGAUUCCCAUUUCUCUUGAGGUGAAACCACCCAUGAGAUGUCUUCUCCUCCACCAUCAUCUUAGAUCCAAGAUAUAUGUUCUUGUCUAAUCCAGGUAGCUGUCUGUCUCUUCAGUGACUUGAUCACCUCCUUUCUUUUUUAGUUUUUUGUUUUUAUUUUUAAUAGACAAUCUGAAUUUGGUGGGGUUUUCCUAGGUCAGUGGUGGAAAAGCAUUGACUUCAGCUAGGAGUCAUGGCAGCUGAGGGAAAUUCUUGCCCAACAAAACCCAAAAUCCAAACUUAACACUAAAAAGUAAGUUCUAGUCUUUGGAUUCAAUGAGUGGGAAAUACGUUGUGCCUUUCCUAGGUGUGAUGUGUUGCACCAAAACCUUAGUAGUGCACAGAGGGUGGUUUGAGACUACAAGUCUAGAGCUUACAGAAGUGUGCAUUUUGGGGUGGCUGACUCAUCCAUGGUGUUCCCACUUAGCAUUUUGAUUAGAAUGAACUUGCCAAUCAAAAAAAAAAA